UCUCGAGGAUCCAGGCUUCUCCUUCUUUGAUCCUACCACACAGGAUCCGGGAUUUCUCAUGGAUCCGGCUGAGGCUCCCUUGGUGCCUGACCUUGACCAGCUAGCUCUUUAGAGCGACACUGGGCAGGCAGAAGAUCAGGGUUUCCCUGAUGUGUCGACCUUCCUCGACGACUCCACCACGAUGGAUGGACCUGACACUUAUGGUGAGAUACCUGCGGGAGACCAAUCUAAUCAUAGCGAAGAGCUCGAUGAGGCCAUGGGGCAAACACGGCGCACACCCUUGCGCUUCGAGGAGGAACCCAUGCCAUCUCUCGAACGCUGGCCCCCGAACGCGCAAGGAAGAUUUGAGUGCUGGUUCAAGGACUGCGGUCGUAAUUACCCUGGGAGGAGCCAUCUAGCGAAACAUCUCCGCAAGCACUUCAGACCCGUCAUUUGUCCCGUAUGCCCUCGCCCUAUGAGGUCCCCCGGUGGCGAGCUUGCAGCCGACGAGCUCGCAGUCGACCAGCUCUGGCGCUGCGCAGAGCAGCGAGACAUGGAGCGCCACGUCUUAGCGCAUCAUACGCAGUGGGCAGUGAAUCACGGCUUCGUCCAGGAGUUGAUCCGUUGUCCGACUUGCAACGAAGAGUUCACCCGCGAGGACAACCUUCGGAGGCACGAGAGAAGGGCUCAUGGGGGAUGACCUACGGAGAGCUGUGUGGGCAUAGUAGCGAGUCCCAGGGGGCAAUUUCCUCAUUACAUUUCGUUACAAUUGAUAGUUUACUG